GUGUGUGUAACUAACAUUUUAAUACAUUUCUUGUUAGUGCAAGAGACAGGCAGAAUGUGGCUAUGGACGGUGCUGGUAUUUUUUGCUUUACCCCAAGUCGAUGGUGACGUGGUCGUGACACCUGAAUUAGAGAAGAGAUUCCCUGAUAACUUCUCGUUCGGAGUCUCCAGUUCUGCCUACCAGAUCGAAGGGAGCUGGAAUGUGGACGGAAAAGGCCUAUCAACAUGGGACUUCUAUCUCCACAAACAGCCCGAUAUCGUCGAAGAUUGCACCAACGCCGACGUUACCACGGAUUCCUACCGGCUUUUCAAGCGAGACAUACAAAUGCUUAAACAUUUGGGCGUCAAAAGCUACAGAUUCUCCUUAUCCUGGACUAGAAUACUCCCAGAUGGAACUACCAACCAUAUUAAUCCACGUGGGAUCGCUCAUUACAGAAAAUUCAUAGACUUAUUACUAGAAAAUGAUAUAUUGCCGUUUGUAACUUUAUACCAUUGGGACUUACCCAUCGCAUUCGGUAAAAAUGGAGGCUGGUUGAAUGAAAAUACAGUAGACAGAUUCGGAGACUACGCAAGAGUAGCUUUUUCCGCGUUUGGUGAUAAAGUAAAGAAUUGGAUAACCAUAAACGAGCCGUUUAUCCACUGUUUAUUUAGCUACGAACUUGGCUUGCAUCCGCCAUUGAUAAAAUCUCCUGGGAAAGGUUUCUAUGAAUGUGGAAGGAAUUUGUUAUUAGGGCAUGCUAAGGCUUAUCAUAUUUAUGAUGCAGAGUUCAGGUUUCAAGGGGGGAAGGUGGGGUUGGUGGUGGAUGCUCAGUGGCCGAUAGCGGCCAGUCGGUCGGAGGAAGAUGCUGAAGCUGUAAAGGAUUACUUGGCUUUCUAUGUAGGACAAUACCUAGACCCAGUGUUCAAAGGCGACUAUCCCCAACGCCUGACAGCCCGGGUGGUAGCAACAAGCACACGUGAGGGCACAGAGUUUCGUCUGCGGCCGUUCAGUGAAGAAGAAAAGAAAUACAUCCACGGCACUUAUGAUUUCGUCGGCAUUAACCAUUAUAAUAGCGUGGUGGUGUACAGAAACGAAUCAGUGAACGGAAUGUACGAAGAGCCUUCGUUCUACGACGACGUCGGGAUCGGCACAUACAUGGAUGACUCGUGGCCUGCCAGCUCGUUUGACAGUAUGAGGGCCAACGCGCCAGGAUUCUACUCUCUACUCCUAUACCUCAAAGACACAUACAAUAACCCCGUGGUCUUCAUCACCGAAAAUGGUUUCCCUCUAUCAUCAGCUGAGGGUCUCGAUGAUUGGAAGAAAGUGAAUUAUAUAAGGAACUAUUUAGACGCCUUAAUGGACGCGAGGGCAGAUGGGUCUAACUGUCAGGGAUAUUUCUUUUGGUCCCUGAUGGAUAGUUUUGAAUGGACCAGUGGAUAUGGGUACAAAUUUGGCCUCUACCAAGUGGACUUUGACGACCCAGACAAGAAACGAACCGCUCGGAAAUCCGCUCUAGUGUAUAAGGAAAUCAUACGCACUGGGACUACUGACUUCAACUAUAAUCCAGACCCGUACCAAUAUAAUGGAACUGUUUAUUAAACGUGUUUGGAGUGAGA